AUGAGUUGGCCCAACCGCACAGGCCCGGCCGUCCCGCCUUCCUUCUUCUUGGUGGGGAUCCCCGGACUGGAGUCUGCUCACCUGCCCGUCUCCUUCCUGUUCUGUGCGAUGUACGUGCUGGCGCUGGUGGGAAACGGGACGAUCCUCCUGGUCAUCUGCCUGGAGCGCACGCUCCACCAGCCCAUGUUCCUCCUUCUGGCCCUGCUCUCCGUGGCGGACCUGGGCCUCUCCAGCUCCACCAUUCCCAAGAUGCUGGCCGUCUUCUGGCUUGGGGCUCACGACAUUGCCUUCCACGCCUGCCUGGCCCAGAUGUUUUUCCUUCACGCCUUCACCGCCCUGGAGUCUGGCCUGCUGCUGGCCAUGGCCUUUGACCGCUACGUGGCCGUGUGCGACCCGCUGCGGUACACGGCCAUCCUCACGGACCUGGCCGUUGCCAAAAUGGCUGUGGCCAUAGUCGGCCGGGCAUUGGUCCUCCUGAUUCCGCUGGUCCUGCUGGCCAUGUGCCUCCCCUUCUGCCGGAGCCGGGUCAUCGCCCACUCCUACUGUGAGCACAUGGCCGUGGUCAAGCUGGCCUGCGGGGACACCAAGCUCAACAGUGCCUACGGGCUGGUGGUGGUUGCCACGGUGAUCGGGUUCGACAUGGUCUUCAUUGCCGUGUCUUAUUUCCUCAUCCUGGGGGCCGUCUUCCGGCUGCCGUCCCGGGAAGCCCGUGGAAAGACGUUCGGCACCUGCAGCUCCCACGUCUGCGUCAUCCUGCUCUUCUACACGCCGGCCAUUUUCUCCUUCUUCACCCACCGCUUUGGCCACGGUGUGGCCCCCUACGUCCACAUCCUCCUGGGCAACCUCUACCUCUUUGCUCCUCCGGCCCUGAACCCCGUGGUCUACGCCUGGAGGACAAAGCCCGUUCGCCAGAGAGUCCUGAGUGCCUUGCGCUCCUGCAAGGGGUGA